GCCGGGUGUGCGAGCGAGACGGCGCGAGAAAACAUCGAAACAAUAGGCGAAAAGUCCACAAUAGGCGCUCGAUGAGUGUGUGAGUGCACCCCGCAAACAAGAUGGCGUCCGUAAACUUGGAGUGAAUCGAGUGUUUAUUGGUUUUUUGUUGGGCCCAAAACCCCAGAAAAUGACCAGAUACUGAGUCAAAAGUGCGUGAAAAGACAUCGUGAAGAGCCAUUGUAUUGUUUUUGCGUGAAUUCCGGACGGCGCCGCAGCGGUGAGAGCGUGAAAAGUGGGUGAGACUGCAGCGGGAGAGCUCCCCUGAAAUCCUCCAUUGGACUGUCCACAAAGCUCACACGGGAGCGAAGGAGGGCCCGCGAGGGGCCCAAAAGGCCACCACAGAAGCGGAUCAAAGCGAGUGCCACCAUGUGGUCAAUUGGCUGAGAGAUUGUGAGGCUGAUCGAGAGAAAGAAGCAUUCAUCUGCCGGUCGGCAUAUUUUCAUCUCAUCUUCGGUUUGGCGCAAAGAUAGAGUUAAAAGAAAAACAAGGAAAGACAGAAGAAGAGGCGCGUGAGAGCGUGAAGAGUUCUGAGGGCGAUUUUCCAGGAGUGCUCGAACUCUCUUGCUGAGCGGGCGCUUCCAAGAAUGGAUCCGGUGGGGCCCUGGUCCUACACGUACAAUCGCCUGGCGGCUGGAGCGGCCGCCGGGGCGACAAGUGGGGAUUUCCACCAUCACUUGGCCACGGCGGCGGCCAAUAAUGCGGCCAGCGUCGGAGCGCCGGCCACGACGUCACAGCUGCUCGCUCAGGCAGCGCACACGACAAGUCUGGGCACAUCGGCCACGUCCGCGUACGCCGGCGGCUUCCUGUCGCCGCCCACCGUGGGCUACGAUGCGGUGUUCACGCCGUUCCUGCACCACCCAAAUCCCAAGCCGGCGCACUACAGCUCCACGAUCAAUGCCCAGCAUCGGCAGGCGCUGGCUCAGGAUGCGUCUCCGGCGGCGGCGCAUCAUCAGCCGCAAUCGUCGGCAUUCUUCGAGCAGGCGUCCAGCGGCAGCAGUGCCGGAUCCGCGGCCUCGGGCGGCGGCAGCACGUGGCAGGGCGGUGGAAAUCAGCUGCCCAGCCCCUUUGGUAUCCUGCCGCACGAGAAUGUGCCGUCGAGUCCGGGCGGAGGCGCCGGCGGGGCGACAAAGAGUGGCGCGGCGAGCAGCAAUCCCGCCACGGCAGCCGCGGCGUCUGUGUAUGACAACUUCAAUGCCCACAUUGCCGCCCAGUCGCUGUAUCACAUCAAUAGCCAUCUGGCGGCGAAUGCAGUGGCCGCGGCGGCGGCCAACAAGGCGGCAGCAGCCGCGGCUGCUGUGCGCUCGGGAUCACCACAAGUGACGGCGGCGGCGACGAUAGCGAGCAACAAGAUUGCCACACCGUCGAACUUCUACCAGGGCGUGCCGACGGGCUACGGAGUGGCGGCGGCGGCGGCGGCAGUUGCGGCUGCGGCUGAAUUGUCAACAUCGUAUCCAACGACGGUGAUAAGUCAGAAGCAGCAGCAGCAGCAAUCGGCGAGCAAUUCGACGGAGUACAGCAGUAGCGGCGGCAGCGCAGGUGGAAAGCGCGGUGGUGGUGCAACGACGACGGCAAGUGGCGGUGGUCUGCAUCAGCAGCAGCAACAUGUUGUUGGCAGUGCCAUGCAGCCGGCCACGAUGGCGUCGUCUGGUCAGCAGCAGGAGGAGCAAAACAUAGCCAAGUCGAUAGCGGAGAAGAAGUACAAUCUGCCAAAGGGCGUGGGGUCGGGCUUCAUGGGGUCGUACUUGAAGUUUUUGCAAGGUGAGCGCGAUACGUCACCACCACCGGCGAGUCGGGGUGGGCGAAAGGCGACGUGGUCGAGAACGGCGGCCGCAUCGACAGCGGGCGCCAGUCAGACCACAGCCACGGCGUCGACUAUGAAGAGUGGCAGCGGCGCCGCCGCCGCCGCCGCCGCCAACUACCAGCAACAGCAGCAGCAGCAGAUAAGCAAUGGUGUGAAUAUACACUCGCAGCAGAUCAUCCAGUCGGGGCAGCACCAGCAGCAGCAGGCGGAGAUGGAUGAUAGGUAUUAUCAUCAGGCGGCACGCAAUAAUUCCAAGCGCAAGUACGAUGAGGAGGAGGAGAGGCGCGGCAAGGCGAAGGCGGCGGAGAAAAAUGAUGUGGCCAAGGAGGCAAAGAAGCCACGGGCGCAGCCUCAGCCGCAACUGCAGACACUCCAGCCGGCGCCGAGUGUUGUCCAGCCCACAGCGGCUCCGCCACACCUUCCCCUCCAUCCCCAUCCACACCAUCAUCAUCCGCAGCCGCCGCCGCAGAUGAUGCAACAGUCAUACUAUCAACAGCCAGAUGAAGAAGUGCCACAGCGUCGUGAAAUGUCCCACCGAAAGGCGAAGGGACGAAGUGUCCUGCAGCUGCUCAACAUGUCGCUGGACAGUGAGGAUUUCGCUGGCGCUGUGUCAGAUGAUGAGCCGGCGGAGUUUCAGGAUUCCGACACGGAUCCCGUGUGGACACCGGGUGUGGACGAGGAGGACGAAGAGUGGGAGCAGGGCAGGAAGCGCACAAGGAAAUCCAGGGAGAAUAGGAAUAGGUCGAGAAGGGUGACGCCAGAUCGAGAAGAGGCUGAAUUGAGGGACUUUCUGCCGAUGAAGGACAACGUGCAGGAGGAAGUGGUGAGUCUCGAUCAUCUGGAUGAUGAGAUGCACAACAAGGGAUCAGUGAUUCACAUGCAAUUGAAGCCAAAUGGACAGAAAGUUCAUCUUCCAGACAUGACGAAUGAUAAUCACGAGGGAUUCAAGGUCGGGCAGUUUAUAGUGAAUUUACAGGACGAAAUGACCCACGAAUGGCCAAAACUGUGGCGUGUUGACGGGAAGAAUCUGAUAGAGAAGUACGAACCGAUUCUGAAGGCGGGAAAAAUUGUCUAUCGCAAUGAAUCUGUGUUCGCCGCUCUGCUGCAGGACGCUUAUGGCAGCUAUCGCGUGGUGAAGGUGAAUCCUCUGCACAUCCCGACGGACUUCCGUGGGCGGCAGAACAGCGUGAUUGAGUGGCUGCGGGAUGGCGUGGAUUGUGUGGCGUCUGUGGUGAAGCAGGAGCAGUUUGUGCAGCCGACGAGUCAUCAGCAGCAGAGUGUGAUUCGCGAGGUGGCGCCGCCGCCGCCGCCACUAGUGGACUUGGGCUCGGAGGUUCUGAUCACGCCCUUCGAUCGCCUGAUGCAGGAGAAGGCGGUGUAUCAGGAGCACUUUGAGAUCUACAUCCAGACGCUGAUCUCACAGGCGCUCGAUCCCAACUUCCUCACGGAGAUUCUGCAGGAGAAUGAUGAGUACUUCCUGGCCAGUGUGCGUGCCAUUGAUAGUCUGGUGGAUGGACUGAAGACGCGUCUGCUCACGGCGCGUCCAAUCUCGCGAAACUUCCAUGCAGCCGUGGAGAUGUGGCCGCAAUACGAGGUGCUUCAGCUGGGCGCCAAUUAUCCGCCCCAGAUCGCGUGCACGAGCUGUCUGCGCGCCGUGGCGUCGCUGCACGUGCGCUUCAGCGGACAGCUGUACAAUGUGGUCACGAUGACGGCCAGGGAGAUGCAGGACAAUCUGGAGCGUGACUUCACGCUGUGUCCGCAGUGCAGUGAGAACUUGAGGAUUCACCAUCGCAUGAGUCAUCAGAAGUACAGACUCUUCAUGUCGUGCACGCAGAAAGUGCAGCAGCUCAAUGUCCAGGAUCCCACCAAGACCAGCACGGCGAUACUCAAUGAGCUCCUGGCCAAUGACGCGUGGCUGGAAGAGCUCUUCAAGAACGUCCGGCAAUCUUGGGUGGAAUUGGAAUUACUUGUCGAUCCUCAAGGUGUUACGCGAUACUGAAAGACGAGAGAAGAGAAGAAACACCGGGAAUUCUUAAG